GUUGGCUGCGAAUUAUCUGUAUUAUCUGUAUUACCAUUAACCAGAAGGAAAAUGUUUUUCACAGUAGCUUUCUAGUGUUGACGUAUUACACAAUGGGGAUAAAUUGAGUCUGCAGACGAAAUCUAAUAUGGUUUUGGUGUUGUGAAUAAUAGAUUCCGUUCGAAGUAAUCGAAUUUUUGUAUGCUUUAUGAUUGAUCCAAUAUACGGAGGUAUCAAUUUAUGACCGAUAAACCCACCAGUGACUUCCAAUGAGUUUUAAAUUGUCAAGCAGACUGUUUACUGUACUGAAAAAAAAAUCCGGAUUAGGAGAGACUUUUAAUGCGAAACGAAAAUAUUGGCGAAAACCUGUCCUACGAGUGACCGCUGAGUUUAAACCAUCUCGCUCACACCCGAGUUCACCCACCCAUGAACUUAUUCUGUGAAGGUGGAAUACGAAGAAAAAGUGUGCAGCGAAUAACGGGAAUCGGAUAUUAUUAUAUCGAUGAAAUGGAAUACCAUUUCAAGGACUUGAAAGAUAUGAUAUAGCAGAUAUAGAAGAAAUUCAAAAAUGACGUGAGGACACCUGUACUAAGGUCAGCAUGCUGAGUUACGGUUGGUUGGCGAAGCUGACCCUGGUUUGGGGUGUGGCAUUUUUUACUUGCGAAUGUAGUGAACCGUAUCCACCCGUAUUUGCCUCGCAUGGCGACCCAGCCGUAUUGGUACUGAUGGAUAUCCACAGAUCUAUUGAUGAUAACGGGGUGUGUACAGAAUUCUCACCCAGGACGGCUGAGCUGACUUUUACUCUGGAAUGGUUAAACCAGGAAAUGGUCAAUAAUGAAAAAAGUAUCAAACCAGGUUUAUUGGUUUAUGACACCUGUGGUGACGUCAAACGGACAUUGCUCAUCCUUGGAUUUGUCUUUGUCUCGGAAAACACCAGCAUAUCAAGUGUCAUAUCAUAUGGGAACCCGUCUGUUCGAUCUAAUAUUUCUCACUUCCUGCGACCCUUUGGGAUUCCUCAUGUUCAUAUUAAUCAGACAGCUCAUGUGUCAAGUCAGGAUAUCUUAGAGAUAGACAUUGGCACGGUCUCUCCUUGGAAAAUAAGGGACAUUAUCAACAUAGUUAUAAACUUUGGCUGGAACAACUUUGCUGUGAUAUCGUCCAAUCAUCCAUCAGCUAUUGCAUCACGUGAUCUAUUUCUGAAGAUGGCUUCUCCAUACUCUCUUUGCAUUACAUCUUCCUUUACGUAUGAAAACACUAAAUCCUAUGAUCCUUUACCACCUCACGUGAUUUUAUUUGUGUCGGCAGAUGACAGCUAUGAUGCAAUUACAUCUAAUAUGGCCUUUUCUAAAAGUGUUGUCAUGGUGACGUCAGAUCAUUGGGAAGAACUGACUUCAAAUUUUACGGACACAUUUCUAUACCUCGAACACCUUAAUACGUCAUCGAAUCUUGUGCAGUUUGUGAAAAAUAAGAUUGAAGACAUGUCAAAAAAUUCCACGAUGCUAAAUCUAUACCGAGAACAAAACAACUGUAAUAUAAAUGGAAGUGAGGGAAUUUGCAAUGGACAAAGUACUGUAACAUAUUUACCCUCCCGAUUUGUUGGAAGGGAUGUUGAGGCCACAAUAUCAGCAUUUACAAAUUCCCAGGACAUUCUGAAGCACUUUUAUUCAAACAACUGCACAAAGUCUGAUUUCUCUAAAUGUGAUGCGAUUAUAGAAUUUAAGGCAGUUCAUGCGGAUUUUUCUGACGAUAGCAAGAGGUUUACAGGGAAGUACCAGAUGGUGAAUGAAUAUGGAGGAGAAGUGACAUCAUUUAUCAAUCGUGGAUACAUCACUGUAGCAGAGAUACAAGGCAGACAAAUAGAGAUAAAGAAUACUGAAAUAUGGAAUCAACUUAAAGUCCCGUCAGAGGGCGCCUGUUCUGGUUACUCAUGCGUGAACUGUACACGACUCACUGCGCCACCUACUGACGGUGACAUCGCUGUGCUAGAGGGAGAUGUGAACAUAAGAUUAGAGUAUCCACUCACAGAAAUUUCCCAGUUUGGAAAAGCUUGCGGAGAAUGGAGAUCAGAGGGAGUUAUUAUGAAAGAAGCUUUCAAGUACGAGUUAUCUGACGUGAAAAGGCGGUAUCCAAAGGUUUUACAAAAUGUUCGAUUAGGAGGCGUAAUUUCUGACACUUGUCGAGGAAAAUCUAUGGGGAAUGAACAAGAUGUAUAUGCAGAUAUUAACUAUGUAGGUGAUGAUGAAUUGCUCUCGCAUAUUUCUCUUCCUUCCGGAAAUCUUUUCUCUAUGUCAUCCUUAGGGGUGUCGUUAGGGAGCCCUGACAGUUUGCAGUUCGUACGUGCAUCAGUGGACGUACUUCGAUCACUAAAAUGGACGUACAUAAACGUUGUGUAUUCACAUUCAGAGCCAAAUCUACUGACAGCAUUUGAAAACUACGUCAACCUAAAAGGAAACGAUAUUUGUCUGUCAAAUAAAAUAUCAUUACCAGGAAACGGAAAUUUGACAGAUCUGGCAGUAAAACUGCAAGGGAUUUUGACAAAAUCAAACGGAGGGGCUUUCAUUCUGUUGACGAACGCCAAAGACACAUCCCAUCUUCAUAAUGCCCUAUUAAACAUUAAAAAUGCUUUCAGUGGGGCUAAUUUUGUCAUAUUUCCUUGGAAUCAGAAUAUAAUCAAAUACCCAGGCACAAUUGCCAUUUUGCAAUCAGAAAAUGUAGUGAACGAUAUUGUUUCAGCAGUACAAUAUUUAAGCCCUGAUGUAAAUAGUACACAUUCGAUUCUCAGAAGCUUCCACGAAAACAGAUACAAAUGCAGCCUGACGGUACACCCAGAAAUGAUUUAUCCGGAUAUUUGUCCGUCUGUUUCAACUUUUACAAACGAUACAAUACUCACCUCCAAGAUGUCUGUCAUACGACAAGCGGUGGAGGCGGUGGUUUUGACAUUAGAUAGGUACUACCAAGACGUCUGUCCAUUACAAAAAGGGAAAUGUAACAGUCUGACUAACCAAGUCGAUUUGUCAAAAUAUCUGUCUGUGAUGAAGAGUGAAGAAAAUGGCAAAUCGUACAGUGAACUUGUAACAAAUAAAGAUGUUUUUAUUUUCCACGGAAAUUCCUCGUACAGGUCAACAUCCAAGAUUGGGCAUAUCGAGAAGGAUGGUAAUCUUUCAAUCAGUGGAAAUGAAUUCAAAGCCUACAAUUCAGAUUUCGUUCCUUACACUGCCGUUCAUCAUUGUCCAGACUGGUGUCCAGAGUGUCUAGGGUGUCAGUCAGCAUCAAUCCAAAGUUCAAACAACGUGUUUAAUGCGGGAGAUAUAGUUGUCGCAGGACUAUUUCCAGUUCAUGCAAGUGUUUCAUCAUAUUGCGAUGUUUUGGCGACGGAUAAACGAGCAGACAUGAUGAUGGACGCCUUUCUAUUUGCGCUCGAAUCAUCCAAAGAACGAUAUCCCUACCUUCUUCCGGGUGUUCGUCUGGGCAGCCUCAUUUUGGAUACCUGCUCGGAUGCCAACAUGGCGGUGCAACGAAUCAUGAACUUUGAAACCUGUCGAGAAAGCUACAACGAUAGUGGAAUGAUAGCUGGACCAGAAAUGCUAACAAUGUAUGUAUCCGCAUAUACGGGAAAUCCCACAAAUCAAGUAGAGGAAACGUUGCAUAAAUAUCAGAAGACUUCUCUAGCUUUAGGCGAUGGGUUGCCAUCUACAUCAGAUGAUGUCACUUCCAGGUUUUAUUCUAUUCAUUCCAAAGCUGGUGUACGCACGAUUGCAGAAAUUCUAAAUUCAACGCAAUGGACUUAUAUAGACGUUGUUCGAUCUAAUAGUUCAGUGUUUGAUUCUGUGGUCAAUGAUUUUUUGUUGACAUGCAAGCCUUUCAAUAUCUGUGUCCAAAGUGUAUCAUCAAUCCAUAGAUACACAGGUUCUUCUGAACCAACCUUAACAGUAACCGUGAUUUUGGCAAAUAUAAUGGAGAUUAGAACGUUUUUUAAAUCACUUAUAUCCACACCUAAGGAACAUUCGUUUAUUAUAGGCGAAAUCCUACCAUCUUGGAAUGACAUAUCAAACUUUGUGCUUCCAAACAAUGUGCGGAUCAUUGCUAUUGAGCGUGUUGGAAAACUUAACACAGACUUGAUAAAAGAUAUCUCUGAUGGUUCUUCCAUUUCCAAACGCAAUCCAUGGAAGAAAGAAUAUGAAGAAGCUUUGUCUUCAUGUACUAGUAUUUCACCUCAGUGUGAAGCUCAAGCUGAUCUUCUGCAAGCUUCAAAAAUUGUGUUUGGCGUUGACGUCAUGCUCCAUGCUCUUCACAACAGAUUCGAGAAACUUUGUCCAAACUAUUAUGGAAUCUGUCAGACGUUUGCCAGUGAAGGGGUUCAACUUCAGAGUGAGCAUUUCUACAAUAUAUCAUUUAGGUAUCUUAAUGAUAUUCAGGUAGAUUUUUCUUUUAAAAAUCUCGAGUCUUGGGCAUUCACCGUGAAGAAUUUCAAAGGAACGUCACUUAUUGAUAUCGGAAACUACUCGGAUGGAGUUUUGCAUAUGGAUCCACUGGGUAUAUUUGACACAAAUGGCCGAAUUCUUCAAGGCCAGCAAUCUCGGUGUUUCAGUAACUGCCGUUGUGUCGCAUUGGAGGACAAAGAAAAUGCGACAGAAGAGGUGUCGCACGUGGAUCCAUACGCCAAAAUGGAGUUAGAAUUCUUCAAAUCUACAGCAGAGCUCAGUAAAGAGUUAUGGACCAUUAUAGUGCUUAUUAUCGGAAUAGGCGGAGCAUUCGCAGCGCUGUGUUUCGUUAUUUACGUUUUUCAUAAAGUGUGCGCCGGACUUUUAUCCAAACGCUACGUUGGUCUGGGCAUACUUUUGCUUUUUUCCAUAAUAUUUUUGUUUUUAUCUGUACUUCCGUUUGUAUUCACGCCCAGUGAAAUCGUCUGCUCUACAAGAUUUUUCAUUCCUGGUUUUGCUUACACCCUGUCUUUUGCAACAGUAAUGGCGAAAAUAAUGUCGCUUAGAUCCUACAAGCUGAUUGGUUUGGGCGGUGAGUUGUCCAACGUGAACCAGUUUCUAACGGUGCUAUUCAUUACGGGUGUUCAAAUUGCGGUUGGAGUACACUUCUGGUACAUAGAGGAAAAUAAGUUAGGCUUUCUACGCACAAGGCUAGAUGAAGAAAAUCAACCAGAGUACGCAUGCGUAUUUGACAGGACUGAAUUUGUCAAGUAUUUAGUGUUUGUUAUGUUUUUGAUAGUGCUCUGUGCAAUAUAUUCCAUUUUCGUUCGCAAAGAGACAAAGAACAUGGGAGAAGCUAAAUUCAUCAUGGUUUACUCAUGGUUGUGCAUUCCCAUAUGGGUGGCGUGGGUUGUCACCUUGAUUGUUUUGCCGCGCAAUUGGGCGGAAGUGAUUGUAUGCAUUGGAAUUUUGACAUGCGCAACACUCAUGACUUUAAUUGUAUUUUUGCCAAAACUUCAUCGAAUCUCACGUUUGAAGUAUGACGUUGAACACUCAGGAACUCAGAAUGGAGGUUAUAAAUUGGAUAGCGACUUUAUGUUUGAAAGACCAUAUACGCUGCCAACAUCUUCAAACUCAUUCAAAUACUCAGAGAAAGCGAAUCCAAAGUUUAUAUCCUCUUUUGACACAAGUCUUAGUUACUGAAUUGUAUUUGUUGUCAAUUAAUUAGAUCUCUAAAUGUUUAGCUAUCGUAAUAGUGAUUUAUAUUUAUUACAUGUGCUUAAUUUGAAUUUGAAAAUAAGUGUUUCGAAUCUUUAGAAUGAUGUGCUUUAGAAGUCUUAUUCUAAGAGAGUAUACAAUGCAUGGAAUGUACAUUAAACCUUAAAAAACAUUUACAUCAUCAGUUACAUGUCCUGUGUAAAAUAUAUUUUGAUAUUAAAAGAUUUAUGAUCAUAAAA